AUGUAUAAGGAUUGUCAGACAGAAAAUGAGAAGGUAGUAGAACCUGAAUAUGUUGAAUUAGACACAAGGCCCGUGAAAAUGUUUUCAGUAGAUCAAAGUGCACUUGAAAGAGAGGUUCAAGAUGAGCCUAUUAUCAGUGAAGAGAUAGUUCAAGAGGAACGCAGUGAUUCGGAGCAAACUAACGACCCUGGAGUACCUGUAUUGAGGAGGUCUACACAUUCAGGAGAACCGAAGACUUAUGAUGAGGCAAAGAUAGAUACGUCUCACUUGCAAUGGGAGUGUGCUAUGAAAGAUGAGAUGAGCUUGUUACUUCAUAACAAAACUUGGGAGUUGGCCAAGUUGCCCGCAGAUGAAGAACUGUACAUGAAACAACCUAAGGGUUUUGAAGUCAAAGGUAAGGAGCACAUGAAGGAUGAUAAGAGUGUUUACUUCAAAGAUAUCUGGCCAUCGACAGAGGAAAUUGCACAGGUUGUCCAAUCAAGUGUUUUGCCGGAAAUGUUUAAAAGCACUUAUGAAGCUAUCACAAAGGGCAAUCCCAUGUGGAACCAGCUCUCUCCCGCUACGACCAUGUAGAAAUGGGACCCCAACUCUACCUACGUUCUUGAGCCUCCAUACUUUAAGAACAUGACCAUGUAUCCUCCUGGAGCCCAUGGAGUGAAAGAUGCAUAUUGCUUGCUGAACUUUGGCGACAAGAUACGAUCGACCAUAUUUCCCCAGGGAAGCAUCCACAAGGACAGUCCUGCAGCUAAAUAUCUACUUGAGCGUGGGGUGGAUCGCAAAGACUUCAACUCAUACGGAAGUCGACGUGGGAACGACGAAGUGAUGGAGGGAACUUUUGCCAAUAUUCGUAUCGUUAAUAAGCUUUUAAAUGGCGAAGUGGCUCCCAAGAGAGUUCAUAUCCCUACAGGAGAGAAGCUUUAUGUGUUCGACGCAGCAAUGAAAUACAAAUCUGCCGGACACGAUACCAUUGUUCUGGCUGGAGCAGAGUAUGGUAGCGGGAGCUCCCGAGAUUGGGCUGCCAAAGGGCCCAUGCUACUGGGAGUCAAAGCAGUGAUUGCAAAAAGUUUCGAGAGAAUUCACCGGAGUAAUUUGGUGGGUAUGGGUAUCAUUCCACUCUGCUUCAAGGCUGGUGAGGACGCGGACACAUUAGGAUUGACUGGUCACGAGCGUUACAGUAUUGACCUCCCGAGCAAUAUUAGUGAGAUUAGACCUGGCCAAGACGUGACUGUCACAACCGACACAGGCAAAUCUUUCAUUUGCACUGCCCGCUUCGAGACUGAGGUGGAGCUGGCGUAUUUCAACCAUGGAGGAAUUCUUCCGUACGUCAUUAGGAAUCUUUUUAACCAAUAAGUCAGAAUUGUCGGCAGGCGGCUUGCUCCAGCAUGGGAGCUGUUUCACUUUGUAAAAUUUGAGAAGAAAAUAAUGUCUCGAAUACAAAGAAAAAUCCCUGUCACGGGACAAUUUUUUGAGAACUUCCGCUUAUGCAGGCUUUAUUUGAUAUGCGUUUGGAGUAAGAAUUGCGUUUCCCUUUUCUACUUGGGUUAAUGGUUUGCCCAUGUUCUUAAA